UGGAAGGCAAAUCGUGGUUUUACUUACUACGCAGCUUCAAUAGAAGUCCAGCUGGAACCGACCGCCUCCCACCUCCCCAAACAGACGGCUCCUCUGGAGCGGCCAGUUCGGCCCCUACCAUGAGCCCUCGUGGUUAAGAGGCGCCCCGGGGGCGCAGGAACCGUGCUUCGCCGCCGCCUUCGCCGCCGCAGUUCGCAGCAUCAGCACCAGCGCCGCCGAGUCCAGCAUCAGCGCCACAGCCAUGCGGGAAAUUGUGCACCUGCAGGCCGGCCAGUGCGGCAACCAGAUCGGAGCCAAGUUUUGGGAGGUGAUCAGUGAUGAGCAUGGCAUUGAUCCCACGGGCACAUACCACGGGGACAGUGACCUCCAGCUGGAGAGAAUCAACGUGUACUACAAUGAGGCCACUGGAGGAAAUUACGUGCCCAGAGCUGUCCUGGUGGACCUUGAGCCAGGCACCAUGGAUUCUGUCCGCUCUGGGCCCUUCGGCCAGAUCUUUCGUCCUGACAAUUUUGUGUUUGGCCAGUCUGGAGCCGGCAACAACUGGGCCAAAGGCCACUACACAGAGGGUGCUGAACUGGUGGACGCCGUCCUGGAUGUGGUUCGGAAGGAGGCUGAGAGCUGUGACUGUCUGCAGGGCUUCCAGCUGACCCACUCGCUGGGUGGGGGUACAGGGUCUGGAAUGGGGACCCUCCUCAUCAGCAAGAUCCGCGAAGAGUUCCCCGACCGCAUCAUGAACACCUUCAGCGUGGUGCCCUCACCCAAGGUGUCGGACACGGUGGUGGAGCCCUACAACGCCACCCUGUCUGUGCACCAGCUGGUGGAGAACACGGACGAGACCUACUGCAUCGACAAUGAAGCGCUGUAUGACAUCUGCUUCCGCACCCUGAAACUGACCACCCCCACCUACGGGGACCUCAACCACCUGGUGUCGGCCACCAUGAGCGGGGUCACCACCUGCCUGCGCUUUCCGGGCCAGCUCAACGCCGACCUGCGCAAGCUGGCCGUGAACAUGGUGCCCUUCCCACGCCUGCACUUCUUCAUGCCUGGCUUCGCCCCACUGACCAGCCGGGGCAGCCAGCAGUACAGGGCACUGACCGUCCCUGAGCUGACCCAGCAGAUGUUCGAUGCCAAGAACAUGAUGGCCGCGUGCGACCCACGCCACGGCCGCUACCUGACCGUGGCCGCCGUCUUCCGGGGCCGCAUGUCCAUGAAGGAGGUGGAUGAGCAGAUGCUGAGCGUGCAGAGCAAGAACAGCAGCUACUUCGUGGAGUGGAUCCCCAACAACGUGAAGACGGCCGUGUGCGACAUCCCGCCCCGCGGGCUGAAGAUGGCUGCCACCUUCAUCGGCAACAGCACGGCCAUCCAGGAGCUGUUCAAGCGCAUCUCGGAGCAGUUCACUGCCAUGUUCCGGCGCAAGGCCUUCCUGCACUGGUACACGGGCGAGGGCAUGGACGAGAUGGAGUUCACUGAGGCCGAGAGUAACAUGAACGACCUGGUGUCCGAGUACCAGCAGUACCAGGACGCAACGGCCGAGGAGGGCGAGUUUGAGGAGGAGGCUGAGGAGGAGGUAGCUUAGGGCGCCUCUAUCACUUCACCUCUGCACCCUACUAGGAGGCUAACCUUUGACUGCCAAGAAUCCCCGCUUCACCUCCCAGCCUGACUCACCUUUGACCCUACAACCUUGCACCUCUUCCCCUGGCCAACUGUUGACCCUUGAGCCCCACUUUAUCCCUGCCCUUGAGCUCUCCCACGUUGAACACCCCCCCCAUGAGUCCUGCUUCACCUCCAACCCCGCAAGUCCCACCUUUAAUUCCGUGAUCCCUCCUUCACCCCUGACCUCUCUAUCUUUGACCUCCCCUUAAGCCCCUCCAGCCCCCUUUACACCCACAGACCUAUAAACCCUGAUUUAUUUGCCCCCUCCCUCUGAGCCUCUCCUCUCUUCUCCCAUGCGCCUCACCUUUUAUCCCACAAGCCCCACCCACCCUCUAAUCCCUGCUUCUCUCUGGAUCCCCUGAGCCUCACUUCUCUAAAUUGACUCCCCUCAGCUCCUGCCAACCUUGGCUUUUCAAGGGUGCUGCUGGGGAGAAAGAAGCCUUGGAGCAUGUGGACAAGAGAGGCUGUUCCCUGACCUUCCCCACUGCCUCACUCUCAAUAAAUUAAUUGUCCUGCCAUG